UGCUGAACUUGCUGAGCAGUUGAAAGUUGCUGACAAAUUUGCCAAGAUACACAAGAUUCAAAAAGAAGCUACUGAAAAAGAGGCAAGUUUGGUUUUUUAAAUUUAUAUUAAAAAAAAUCACAAUGUAAGUUUGAAAUUAUCAUCAUUAUUGAAAUUAACAUAUAAAAAAUCAUUUUAAAAAAAACAACAUUGUCAUAAAAAUUACAAACUAGUAGUUCACUUGAAUAAACAAAUCUGCACCAACGGAAAAUUACCCAAGUCAUUCUCAUUGUAGGAAACAUUUGAUGGCGGGUCUGUUUAUUCAUGAAAAAUCUCGGCUCUCUGUUUAAAAUAUUGCAACAAAACCUGCUCAUGUCUGGGCCACAUGGGGAAAAGUUAGGUCAGGAGUAUCUCCAUUUCUGUUGGAAAUUCACUAGGUCUGGUGACGAUUGAGGCCGUAAGAGUCAAUACAGUCCACUAUUAAAACCACACAAAAUAAAUCCAGAUAUUUUCCACACAGAACAGUAGACUUGGAACAGACAACACUUUGAAAUACCUUGUAAAUUUGCCCAACCAAGCCUAUCCACUCACAGCACAUGUUCCUACCUUCAUUUGUUGUGAUGAACUUUUUGUCCAUUCCAAAGUAUAGUUGGCUACGGAUCGGUCUCAGUCUUUGAAAAUGCCUUAUCCCUUUGUAAUUCCAAGCAAACUACUUACGUUAUUUCUUAGGUCACUUCAAUAUCUCUAUUGACUCUGCGGGCAACUUCUUUGAGUUCUGUCACCAGUCCUAGUUUGCCGAUCAGUGCAUUAGACCAAUAUUCAGUUAUUGUAUAGAAUUAUCAACUCUUUGUCGAGCUCUCUAUUUCUUUUUUUCAGAUACAGCAUGUGACAACUGUAAGGCUGGUAAAGACCAAGUCUAUUUUUGCUGCAAAGCAGAAAGAUGUUCUUACAUUGGGAAAAAAAUUAUUGGGUCCUUCUUACGUGCCACGGCUAAUAAAAACACCAUUAUCUUCGGUAGGAAUAUUGUACUUAAAAUAUUGGGUCCAUCUUAUGUACCACUGCAAAAAAAAACAGUAUCUAUGGUAGGAUUUCUGUACCUAGUUAUCAAAGUUGUUGAAAGAAGAUUUGGUGUUAUGAAAAUCUGCAACAUAAACCAAUGCAACUCUUAUUUUAGUGUUUAAUUAAUAAAAGCUCGCCCUAAUCUAUUAAUGGCAUUCAUGUUCUUUUUUUUUUUCAUAACAAGCAACAGUGAUGGAACAACAGUUGUGGAUGUGUGUUGAUUUCAUGUUUCAGUUUAGGGGUACCUUUUGCUGUGAUAGAUUCUGUGUUAACGCCGUAUUAAUUUUUGUUUGCCUAGGUUUUCAUUCUAAAGUUGCAUUGUUUGUUUUACCCCCUCUUAGAUCUCAUCACAGUCUAAAAAACAACCUUUAACACGAGCCCAGUACAUAGCGUUAGAAAAACAGAAGCUCAAAGAGAAGGAAAAAGAAAUAGCAGAAAGAUUGAAGAAAUUGAAAGAGAGCAAACAAUCUGAAAGAGCCAUACCAUCUACAACAAAAUCUUCACCUGUUCCACAAUCAAGGCUGCCUGCAUUGAGACCUAAAUCCCAGGACUGGAUCAAAAUUGACCAGAACGCCCAGCCGGACAUUAUAAUCAAACAACGUAGAAAAUCAUUGCUGGAUGCUAAUCCUUGUACAACCCCUAAUAUCCCCUUGACCCCUCACAGCAGGUUGAGAGGGCCUUCAUUUAAGGAGAAAGAGAACAAGAUUGAAGAUGUGGUCAAAGAUUUAGACAAAAAAUCUUCUGCUGUGCAAGAUAACACCAAGCUAUUCAAAAUGCCUAGUGGUACACAGCUCCUGAACCUUUCCAAGCUUCAGGUAAGUAGCAUUUGAUGUGGUUUUUUUGUACCUUACAUUUGACAACAGCUUAUUUUGUUAUCUCAAGCCAAGUUGGUUGCUGACUUUCAACUUUGUUGUUUGAGUUUUGUUGUUUGUUUUUUUUACUCAUGCUUGACCUCUGGUCCAGUAAAUGUCUGCUUUACUGUGCUGAUGGUCCAUACCACCUGGUGCUGUGUCCAAAGAAAAAUUAACUUCAAAUUAUUUUUUUAUGACAAAAAAGUGUUGUUGUUAAAUUGUUUCAAUACUUGUGUUUGGAAAAUAUAAACUAAAUUAAUGCCUAGUUCUUUUUUUUUUAAUUAUAGAAUAAUUACCUCAUUUAUGUUGUUUAAUUAUAUUAUGUUCUUUAAUAAUUAAUAGCCUGAAAAAAAAACAACAAAGAUUUAUGUUUUAUAAAUUUGUUUUUAAGGAAUAAAGCUAUUAAUUCACUUUUUAAACUUCUGACAUGCUUACUUUAAUUGCAUCAUAUCUUUUUUUUUCCUCCUCAUCUAGGCAGAAAAAGUUGAAAAGCAUUUAAAGGUCACUAAAUGUGUAACUCCGGUUUACCUACCAUUUGCAAGUCUUUCACAAAUACGGGUUGGUUAUUGUUGUACAUUUAUAUUUCCAUAAAACAAAGCUUAAAAAAAUUCUGUCAGUAUCGUGUAAAUAAGAACUCCUCUUACAUUAAAUUGUUUUUGAAGUAUUAUUAUUUAUUUUAGAUGAGGUGUUUUUAGAUUUUAGGCUACUAGUAGUUUUUUUUUUAAAAUUACACUAAUGGCUAAAGUGAAGACACAUCUUUUUUUAAAAAGUAAAUUAAUUAAUUAAUUUUUAAAAGAUUCAACUUCUAAUUAUGAGGAAUGUGCAUGUUCGUUUCAAACUCACCUUAAAUAAAUUAAUAGUUUGAAGAUGUUUAUACUAACUUUACAAACAAAAAUGGUAUGACAAUAACAACUACAUAUUUCAGCCAUCAUCAAAUCAGAUAACAUUGCAUAGUGGUAAAGACAAAGCCAAAACUUCAUCAGAAAGUGAAAUGUCACAACAAUCAGCUGCACUAGCAUACUCCAGUCUAUUGCUAACAUUUAGAUCCUACAGGUAAGGCAGAACAUCAAAUAAUACACUAUUUUUAAAUCCUUUAUAUCAACUUCACUUAUUUUCAUGUGUUUCUUUGUGGAAAAAUCUUCGGAAGGUUAAUUGACCUACUUUCUGACAUCCUAUUGAGCUGAAACUUUGCACACUCACUUGUUGCUGACAACACAUUCUUUCAAAUUUUUAGCCCCACUCCCCACCCCCAAAAAUUUGUUUUUCCAUGAGAGGAGGAAUUUUAAUGAUUGUUCAAUGGUUGUGUGUUUUGGUGUGGAGAUUAAUUGUAUUGCUGUUGCUACGUGCUUUGUAUUUGUGAUGUAUUUGGGUUUAAACUGUAUCUUGAGUUUAUUAGGUUUACAUGCACUAAGUUUGAUAAAAACCAUUCACAUACCACAAAUAAGUCACUACAAUCACAUGAAUGAUUAAUCACGUAAAUUACAUAAAUGCAAACAAAGGAUUUAUAUGUAAAACUUUGUUUUCAAGAGUUGUUUAGUUAUAGAAAUAAAGGAUAAACUUGUGAUAAUCUUUAUUAUUAUUUAACAAGUAAACGCAAUUUAAAAUUGUUCUUUUUUCUUUUUUUACAAAUUUGAUUUUGGACUAUGUUUUUUUUGAGAUGCAUUUAAAAAGAAAAUACUUUUUCUAAAUUCACAAGUCAAUUUGGUUAUAGCUUGUUUUAAAGUAAGUCUGUCUUGAAACUCAAAGAACUGUCUAUCUUGUUUUCCUUUUCCACAGGUUCAGUUCUUUUUUCCGCACUAAAGAGAAUCUGGGUUUCCAGAGUAGUACUUUUUCCCAUAAGAUCAAUCCUCACUGCAUCUUCUGCCCGUAUGACCUACAGGGAACAUGCAAUGAUGACUCUUGCAAACAGUGAGCAAGUGGUUAUUAAUAGCUUAAGCACAUUUAUUAUUCAAAUUGAAAUAGAAAAAAAUAAUGUGAUGUAAAACAAUUGGGCAUCACAUACCUGAAGACAAUUCAAGUGAACAGUAUUCAGGUUGUUUUUUGUUUUUUUUACAAGGGAACAUAAUUAAAUUGGAGUAGUUGAAACUUCUGAAGGCAGACAAAGAUUGUGACCAAAAGCUAGUUGUAUCCCUAUAGAUAACACUUACCCUUUGAGUUGGGAGCUCAUUUAAAAUUUGUUUUUCAUGAUCAAAAAGAUGAAUUGUUGAAUCAUUUCAGACAACAUCCCAAAGAUUACCAGCUGAGUGAAACUGAGAUCCUACUAGAC